AUGGACUUCUGUGCGUUCUUCACCCCCCUCCUUCGCCCCGCCUCCCGUCCCCCCCCCCUCUCUUUCCCGUCCCCACCACGCUUGCUACCUCCUCCCACCCACUUCCUCACUUCAGCAAUUUCCCGCCUCUCUCUCUUCCCCUCUCGCGCGCACACGCGCCUAUGGCCUGCUUCCCACCUGCACGCAUCUUCUCAUGAGCCUACCUGUGUCUGUGCAUGCUGCUGUGAUGGGUGGGGUGUGCUGCAUGGUGCUGCUGUGACGGAUGGGGAGUGCUGCAUGGUGCUGUACGCUUCUGCUUCUGUCUCCCCACACAAGUUCCUCACGUUCCCAUCUCCGUUCCGCCAUCCCUUUUUCCCUUUUUUCACCACCACAGAGUACGAGUCUCGUCCCCUGCCAGGCUGCAUACUCUACGUGGACGAUCGCUCACUCAACGCCUCCCACAUAGCAGGCCCCUGGCCCAUCUCCCCCCUCUCCAACCCCUCCUCCUCCUCCUCCUCCUCUUCCUCCUCCUCCUCCUCGGCCUACACGUCAGACGGCUCUGAUUCUGACUCGGACUCUGGCUGUGGCUCCUACCCACACAACUACAUGGAGGAGAAUGGGGAGAACAUGCCGUACUGGGCUGCCUCAAAGAUUAUCAACCGGGCCUACGCCCGCAAGCAUGGGUACCGAUUUGCAGUCAUGGAUCCGACGCGCUACCAGCAAGACAGACACUCGUCAUGGUUCAAGGCAAAACGUCCCCCCUUGUCUCCUUGUCUCUCCAUGCACGGACACUGCCGUGCCGUGCCUGCUGCGCUGCACAGGAGCAGCUCACGUGCUGCUGCCGGUGGGCCUUCUGCAUUGACUCUGACGCCCCUGUUUGACCUCAAUGACUUAAAGCCUUCUUCUGCUGCGUCUCUUAUGGGUGAUGCCAUGCCCUCUCUGCAGGUGCUGUUCAUCCAGGAGCAGCUCACGUGCUGCUGCCGGUGCUGUUCAUCCAGGAGCAGCUCACGUGCUGCUGCCGGUGGGCCUUCUGCAUUGACUCUGACGCCCCUGUUUGACCUCAAUGACUUAAAGCCUUCUUCUGCUGCGUCUCUUAUGGGUGAUGCCAUGCCCUCUCUGCAGGUGCUGUUCAUCCAGGAGCAGCUCACGUGCUGCUGCCGGUGGGCCUUUUGUAUUGACUCGGACGCCUACUUCCGCUUCAACACCCACCAGCUCUCCGUCGAGUCAUGGCUCUCCCAGCUUCAAAUCGAUGUCAGUUCAUUGCGGUUCCUUUCAGUUCAUCUUUGCUCCUGCGUUAUGCUAGUCCCAAUUGCCCACGGGUCCCUCACUUCACAACAUCUUUCUGCUGUCGAAUUCUCUCCUCGCAUCCCCUUCUUACACCUGGUCAUGAAAAUCCUUUUCAUGCAGGGCUAUUUUGACUGGAUACCCAAGGACUACGGGGCUAGUCUGGUAAACCAGACGCAUUUCCCCCGCGACCCUGCCACGCUCCUCCUGCCUGACGACGGUGACAAGGAUGCAGUUUUCGCGCUCUUCCCUCGGAACGUGGACGACCGAUACUCACAGUACCCACAUGCGCGAGCAGAAGCACUUUUCAACCCUGAUCUCGAGUUCAUCAAUGCUGGAGUCUCCUUGUGGAGACGGUCGGCUGCUGCAAUUGAGGUGAGCCGUGCAGUGGUGGUUUUUGAGUCGACUAUACAGUCACCGCUGUACCCGCAUGCCCGAGCAGAGGCGCUUUUGAACCCUGAUCUCGAGUUCAUCAAUGCUGGAGUCUCCUCUUGA